AUGCCAGACCAAGAAUCCGUCGAUUCCCAAAUCAACCAUGCCGCAGCUCUAGAGUACUGGAACAGCGUCCCUGCCACCCCAGGUAGCAUGCUUGGCGACUUCCCAUCAAUUUCACGCAUCGACCUGCAAGGGUCCAAGAACUUCCUCGCCAAGCUCCGCCAUCUACUACCAGGCCUCACACCUGGCAAAUUCAGUCAAGGCCUUGACUGCGGCGCCGGCGUCGGCCGUGUAACGGAGGGCCUGCUGAGUCAAGUCUGUGAAAUGGUUGACGCAGUUGAGCCAAUUGCCAAGUUCACACAAGUGAUGAAAGAAAGCCAAUUGAAAAAAGACGGUGUCAUUGGAUCGAUAUACACUUGUGGGCUGGAAGGCUUCACUCCAGAGAAACGAUACGAUUUGAUCUGGGUACAGUGGUGUGCGGGCCACCUUACGGAUUCGCAGCUCGUUGAUUUCACCGUGCGCAGUCGCAAGUCCUUGACUGAGAAUGGACUCAUGGUUUUCAAGGAGAAUCUUUCUACUAGUAUUACUGGGAAAGAUUUGUAUGACAGCCAGGAUAGCAGUGUGACGCGGACGGACGCCAAGUGGAGACAGAUCUUUGAGCAGGCCGGAAUGCAGGUUGUCAAGUCGGAACUGCAGAAAGGGUUCCCGACGGCUUUGAAUCUCAUGCCGGUGCAGUUCUAUGCAUUGAGGCCGAAGAACGUAUGA